ACACCUUUUUCAAGCUUCAAGCUUAAUUUAGAAAUUUAUAUUAUAGAGCUUCAAGCUUCAAGCUUGAAAAAGGGUGAUAUUUUCAAGUUUACAGUGAAGGAUGCAACUCAAAAGGGUGAUAUAAACCUUCUCUAUAAACUAAUUGAAGAGGAUUCUUAUAUUUUAGAGUAUAUAGAUUUAAUACCAAUUGCUGACACUCCUCUACAUAUAGCUGCAUUUGUAAAUAAAAUUAUGAGAUUGAAACCUUCAUUUUCUUUUAAACUAAAUCAACAAGGGUUUAGUCCAAUCCACCUAGCCAUUCAAAACAACAGCAAAAUAUUGGUGCUUCGUUUUGUAGAGAUUAAUAAGAAUCUUGUUAGAAUCAAAGGAAGAGAAGGUUUAACUCCUCUUCAUAUUGCAUGUGAAAAUGGAGAAAUUGAACUUUUAGCUAAUUUUUUAUUUGUUUGUCCAAAUUCAAUUGAAGAUGUGAAUGUGAGGGGUGAGUGUGGAUUGCAUAUCGCUGUGAAAAGUAAACAAUAUGAAGCUCUUGAUGUUCUUGUUGGUUGGCUUAAGAGAAAUUGCCAAAAAGGUGCUAGCUAGGGAGAUGGAAAAAUUAAAUAUUGAAUUGUAACGAUGAGAAAGGAAACAAUGUUUCGCAUAUUUCAGCCCUAAACAAUGUUCCAAAGGUAACAUAUUUUAUUUAUUUUUGAAUUUUAUUUUUGAUUAAUAACAACUUUAUGAUUCACCGGACCGUAAGUUUGUAAAACUAGUCGUAUAACAUCUAUUUUGUUCGCUUGUCCUCUUUAUAUAUUUUGUUUUCCCCCCUCAAUUAAAAUUAACACAUGAGAAGAUAUUGGUUGUUUGAAUCUAGUAUCAAUUUGCACAAAUUUAGUUAUAUAUGAAAAGGAAUAAUCUAUACAUAACAAUUUUUAUUAGUAUUUCAUAUCAUUCGAGUCAUAUCUCAAUUUCAAUCGAUAUAACUCUCCGGUGUUUAUUUAUUUUAAAAUACAAAUCUCAUAUUGAA